AUGUCCAGCGCGCAGGCGUCUACAUCCCGUCCGCGCAAACGGACUCGCUUUGUCGACUCUCCUCGCGCAGAUAACAACCCGUCGGGCGUUGAUGCCCUCACGGGCGCGAGCAAGCGCCCGCGGAGUGAGAAGGCUCUGGGCAAGCGCCCUCUGCGGUUGGCAUGCGCGCAUUGUAGAAGGCAAAAUCUCCCGUGCGAUGACACCUUUCCGUGUAGUGCAUGUAUCAAGAGCGGAUACGCGGAAGCGUGCCCCGGUGGCGUGCCACCCCCUGGCCGCAUACGCGCACCAAAGCCUUCACAGGUGCAGGACAUAUCGCUGCAGGCUAGUGGCGGCCAGCAGCAACCGCAGAUGCGAGUUCAAGACGCGUCGCCGUCGCGGGCCGGACUCCGCUCGCGUCACCGUCCUGCUGCCGAGACAACGUUCGGGAUCGCGGGUGGCUCCCGUUCCGCGUUGCUGACGCCGCCGGCAGAGCGAGAUCGAUCGGCACCAGCCACACCCUUAUUUUUGGACGAGAUAUCCAUCGAACAGAUGUGUGCGCCGCGGCCAAACGAGAUUGCUCACAUCGUCUCUCGAUGUCGCGGCCGGGUGGCUUUGGGCGGCGAGGAGUCUCUCGACGCCGUGCGCCAGAUGAGCGCGGCUCUACCCUCUCGCGAACAUGCCAACUUCCUCUGUGAGCAGGCGAAGUCGGUAGCGCUGUGGUAUAAUGGCUUCUCACCCCAGGAUAACGAGCAUCUCUCCACUCUGAUGCAAGACGUCUACGAUAAUCUGCCGGUACUUGCUUGCCCUUUCAAGCUUGCCGUGGUCUUUGCCGUCCUGGCCAUGGGCAUGGAAGCAUCAGCGCGCGACGAUGUGGUGUCCGAUAGUGCUAGUGCCUACCACCUACUCGCCCGAGCCGCAGCAUGCCUUACGUCGAGUGCGCCGGAUGCAGACGUCAGUCUUCUGACAGCGCUGUUCUUCAUGGUAGCUUAUUUGCUCAUCUUUCGGGACGACGAAGCAAAUAUGCUCGCAGCCCGAGGGAUCUUGAAUGCGGCAGCGCGUGUCUGUAAAGAGCUUGAUAUGGAUGCCGAUAAGGCCGUCGGAUUAUGUCUGAAUGUCCGGCGACAACGAAGAAGAGUCAUAUUCUGGCAACUCGUGGCUUCAGAUACAAUGCUUGCUUUAGCUCGACGUGACGAGCCUUCUUUCCCCUUAGAAGGUCCCGAUAAUCGCUGUACUGUUGCACCCAACGCUGCCGGCUCCACAACGUCGCUGGAAUGGCGCCAGCAAUACGUGACCCGCUGCGUAACGCCGGUCCUGAAUAUCAUAAGGGCGACGAACACAUACUCGUACACACGCGUCGUCAAGCUUGAUGCCGCGAUUCGCGAUUUUCCUAUACCUUCCUUCCUUCGCAUGCCUUCUCUACCGGGUUCCCCUCAAGCCAUGGAGCUCACCAGCCAACGCGCAUACAUCAGUAUACAACGGGACUUCUUAGUGACCCAGCUACAUCGGUCAUACUUCAUCCAGGCCAUCAGCGAACCGCACACGUUCUCAUACACGCACCCGCACAUAUGUUCCGUCCUCGCCACGUACCAGAAUGCAUGUCAGAUCAUCGCUUGUCUGGCCCUUGUCAUGCGCUCGGAUCCCGAGGCCUGCCGGAGAAUCCCUUGUUUGUGGACGCAGACCUUUACAGCUGCGGCUGGGCUGUGCUUCAUCGUCUCAAAAAUACCUGGAGAUCCGCUUGCUACGCUUUCUCGUCCUCAGAUUGAUAAAUGCGUGAAGCUGUUUCAGCAGGCGAAGGUGGUUGGUCAGGAGGCAGCGGCCAAGAUCCAACUGUUAGAGAGCCUGGCCGCCAAGUCUACCCAGGUCUAUCUUGAAUGGCAGCGAACCGCUGGCCCACCAGGGCUCUCUACCUGGCCUUCCCCGCCGAUGAUCUUGACCCCCAAGUCGGACUCCAACUCCGGGUCACAGAGCAUCGACCCCUAUGCUCACAUGCAUCCCAUCCUACUGCGUCUACUGCAACAGGCGAAGGCGAGAGCGCUUGCAGUCCAGUCGAAAGCAGGCCCGCCUCCCGUUGUCAGCCCGCCGAUCCCCGUUCCUCCCAAACCGCCGUCGAACAUUGGUCAGCUCCCAACACCAUCUUCCAGCGCGGAUAUCGAUCAACCCUUCAUGAUGCCCGUGGAUCUCUGGAACGCGACGCCUACGCCCGACUUCUCGUCGUUUGGCUCGCUGGUUGGGCCAAAUAGCGCGAACCCUUCCCCCAUGUCGGCAGACGACCCCUUACGCAUGGUCGGCGGUGAUCCAAGCGUAUCCAUGUUCGAUAGCUUCGGGACAGAUCUGGGGUGGAUGAUGUCUCCGCAAGACAUGUCGGCGCCCCAGGAUAUUCUUGCAUCCACGCCUGGUUUGUCACGGACAUUGCAAGAUCCUACGAAUCAUCCCCAUCUAACCGGUUCCUUCGCAUCAUCUGAACCGUAUUUGUUUUGA